AUGUCGGUCCUCCUGCGCGACAGACUCCUGGCGACCGACCCAGAAACUUUCUGGGCAACUGCCUCCAAUCUACUCAACAUGGCAAAAGAUCCUCAGUACAAUCACCGUUUAACAGAGUACGCUUGGUACUCCCUUUGGACCACCAUUUUUACAGACUUGGCUGCGGGUAUGCGAGCGAGGGCACGAUCGCAACAGUUCAUCUUCGCACCUGCACCUCAAUUUUGUUUGUGGGCUCCCAUUCCCCAUUCUGCCACUAUGCAACGGGCAAUAAUGCCUGAAAAUCCCCCGACGGAUGUGGUCAUAUCACUGACCGAUCAGGACAUCGUAACACCCUCGGACGAAUCGAUUUCAACCGGCAGAGCUUCAAAUAGUCAAUCAACGAGUACCGAUUCGAGCAACCCGACUCAAGCCCCUCGUAGUUUCCGCCUGCCAGAUGUCUCCAUGCUGGGUAUCUCCGCGCGCAGUCCGGACGUAAAGGAAAGGCUUUCAAUCCAUCAUAGCGACAUCACCGGAUUUGUCAUACCCUUCAUCUUGGAGGUCAAGCCAGAAGGCGUUCUCUCCGACAUGAGUGAAGCCCAGAAUGAGCUCACUGUUCAAGCAAUGUACCUAUUCGCAGCAUACAAACAGGAUACGGUGAUUGGCAUUGUUGCCGCAGGCAGCUCCUUUCGUCAUGCUAUUUUUCGGCGUGAGGAUUUUCAAGGCUCUAUAUCUACCGCCUCCGAGCUUGUGGACACAAGCUAUUCCCCUUCAAACGACAAAACAGAGUGGAAACCUCUUGAGGCUUUUGGAAAGGGCUCCUUUCAUACUACUUUAAUGUCCAUUGUUCGUACUGCCUUUGAGGAGGUGCUGGGUCUACCGUAUGUGAAGAACUUUAAAGGGCCUCCUCAUUGCCAUGCGGGAGAUUCAGCAUCGCUUCAGCCUCCUGCGUCACGCACUCGCAGCAAGACUCAGCCCAAGGGUCAGGGUGGAAAGGGGAAAGCUGGUGCCACAGGUAAAACGAAGUCCAAAGGCAAGGGGAAAGCACCUGAGGCAGGGCCUUCUAUGCCUCGCAACUGA